GGAGAGGCGGCUCUGCUAUAAAGGCCCGUAGCCCUGCCCAGCUCCCGGCAUCACUCGCUGGCGAUCAGGAGCAGAGAGCGAUCCUCCCGUUAUCAACAAUCCCCGAAGCACGUCUCCCCUAACUAAGGCAGCAUGGUGAAGAUCGGCAUCAACGGGUUUGGCCGCAUCGGGCGCCUGGUGACCCGGGCCGCCAUGGCGAACCCCAAGGUGGAGGUCGUGGCCAUCAACGACCCCUUCAUCGACCUCAGCUACAUGGCAUACAUGUUCAACUACGACUCCACCCACGGACGAUUCAAGGGCACAGUCAAAGUGGAUGGUGGGAAACUGGUCAUCAACGGCAAAGCCAUCACCGUCUUCCAGGAACGGGACCCUGCCCACAUCAAGUGGAGUAGUGCUGGAGCCGAAUACGUUGUGGAGUCCACGGGAGUUUUCACCACCACCGAGAAGGCUUCGGCUCACCUGAAGGGAGGGGCCAAGCGGGUGAUCAUUUCAGCCCCCAGCGCUGAUGCCCCCAUGUUCGUGGUGGGGGUGAAUCACGAUAAAUAUGACAAGAGCAUGACUAUCGUCAGCAAUGCCUCCUGUACCACCAACUGCCUGGCACCCCUGGCGAAGGUUGUCAACGACAAGUUCGGCAUUGUCGAGGGGCUGAUGACGACGGUCCACGCCUACACGGCCACACAGAAGACGGUGGAUGGCCCGUCAGGGAAGUUGUGGCGGGACGGUCGUGGUGCUCACCAGAACAUCAUCCCGGCCUCCACCGGCGCUGCCAAGGCCGUGGGCAAGGUCAUCCCGGAGCUGAACGGCAAGCUGACUGGGAUGGCAUUCCGUGUACCCACACCCAAUGUCUCCGUGGUUGACCUCACCUGCCGUCUCAACAAGGGCGCCACGUACGACGAGAUUAAGCACGCAGUGAAGGAGGCCGCCGAGGGGCCCAUGAAGGGAAUUCUGGGAUACACAGAGGACCAGGUGGUCUCCAGCGACUUCAACGGUGACACCCACUCCUCCAUCUUCGACGCCGGGGCAGGCAUUGCCCUGACCAACCACUUUGUCAAACUGGUUUCCUGGUACGACAAUGAGUUUGCCUACAGCAACCGUGUUAUCGACCUUGCUGUCCACAUGGCGUCCAAGGAGUGAAAGUGAAAGGGAGUGCGAACUGCUCCGUUUACACACUGGCCCCCGCCCCACCCACCCACCCACCCAGCCUGCCUGCCUGCCUCCUGCCCUCGUUCCCAGACACACCAGCCCUCCUGCAGACAGGCACACACGGAAGACGGUUGGGUUUUCCUUCCCACUCACCCUCUACUCCCAGUGGAAACAACAAGACCCCUAUUAAAAACCGUUGAAUCCUA